AUGCUGCGCGUCGGCGAGGGCGGCGGGGGUCGGGGCGCCGGGACCCGCCCCAAACGCCUCGCCCCCCGCAUCACCCUGCUCCUCCUCGUCUUCCUCCUCGAUGAGCUCGCGCGGCGUCGCGGCGGCGUCGCGGUGGACGCGCAGGCGGUGGACGGCGACCAGGGCUUCAAUCCGGACACGGAGAUCUCAUCCUACGACCAGGACUUCGGCCGCGAGGGCCCGUACCCGUACCAGCAGUGCUCCUCGCUCCCGGGCGAGAUCGAGGACGGAGAGCAGCGCGGGGAGAACGACGCGAUCGUCCGCACCGCGCGCUGCAUCCCGAUCGAGGCUGGCGAGCUCGAGUUCUGCGGCGACGUCGAGUACGACGCGUGCAUGCGCGUCAUCUCGCCGAUACAGUACGACGAGGAGCUCGCGCUCGCGCACGAUAAGCGCAUCGCGCUGCAGAUGUUGGAGUUCCCAUCGCUGGCGUCUCCGAAGUGCGUCGCCGCGUUCGCGUCGUACUUCUGCUACCUCGGCUUCCCGCAGUGCGAGGAGGACCUGGACAACCCGGGUACGUUCAUCGAGUUGCCGCUGUGCUUCGACUACUGCGUCGCGUCGCACCAGGCCUGCAUCGGGGACAUGGAGAAGUCGAUCGCGGCGUGCGAUAAGGCGGUGUUCACGGGGAGGGUGGCGCCGAACCGGCCGGACGUGACGUGCGUCGCCGCGGGGAUGAGGGUCACGGUCGGGUUGUUGUGCGCGGCGAUGACGGCGUUGAGUCUGAUCUUCGGACACAGAGGCGGCGAAGAGGAACGGCGGUACGCGUACGAGUACUUGGGGGGGUGAGCGCGUC